CAUUCAUCAUUACAUAAUUAUUUUUCCAUUUCAACUUCCUCGUUAAAUAAAACCUCAACCAACUGCUCCUCCUAAGUCCUACCCACAACUAACUCUUCUUUCUCCAUUUCCCACUCUCUGUACUACUCAUCACAUUUUCAUCCAUCAGAAACAAAUAUCAUGGAUAAAGGAAUCUCUAAAGAAGUUUCACGCGAGGAUUUCCCUCCUAACUUUCUAUUUGGUGUUGCAACUUCUGCUUAUCAGGUUGAAGGAGCUAGUAAUGAAGGUGGCAGGGGUGAUAGUAUAUGGGAUGUUUUUACACACACAGAAGGAAAAAUUAAAGAUGGGAGUAAUGGGGACAUUGCAGUUGAUCAAUAUCAUCUCUACAAGGAAGAUGUCGAACUUAUGUCCAAGUUGGGAUUUGGUGCUUACCGCUUUUCUGUAUCAUGGUCUCGAAUUUUCCCUGAUGGUUUGGGAACGGAAGUCAAUGAAGAAGGAAUUACCUACUACAACAAUCUCAUUAAUGCUCUGCUUGAUAAAGGUAUGCAGCCAUACUUAACAUUAUACCAUUGGGAUCUACCUAGCCAUCUUCAUGAGUCAAUGGGAGGAUGGUUAUCCGACAAAAUUGUAAAGUAUUUCGCAAUGUAUGCUGAGACUUGUUUUGCGAGUUUUGGGGAUAGAGUAAAGCAUUGGAUCACAUUAAACGAACCUCUUCAAACAGCGGUAAAUGGAUAUGAUGACGGCGUAUUUGCUCCAGGAAGAAGUGAAAAUUCUUCUACUGAACCAUAUUUGGCUGCACAUCAUCAACUUCUGGCUCAUGCAGCAGCUGUUUCCAUAUAUAAUAAAAAGUAUAAGGCUCAGCAAGGGGGUGAAAUAGGCAUAGUAGCUGAUUGUGAAUGGGCUGAGGCUUUUUCGGAUAAGAUGGAGGAUAAAACUGCUGCUGCAAGGCGUAUCGAUUUUCAUUUUGGAUGGUUUCUGGAUCCAAUAUAUUUUGGAGACUAUCCUAAGACCAUGCGUGAGGAACUUGGAGAUCUCCUUCCAAAAUUCUCAGAUGAAGAUAGAGAGUUGUUAAGGAACUCAGUAGACUUUCUGGGUGUAAAUCACUAUACAACAAGGUUGAUUGCUCAUGCAACAACAAGCCCAGACCCUGGGCAAUUUAACCGCUCUCAACAUUUGGAGAGAAUUGCUGAAUAUCCUGGGGGUGAGGCCAUUGGUGAGAAGGCUGCAUCUGAAUGGCUUUACAUAGUUCCUUGGGGGCUCCGUAAGCUACUGAAUUAUGUUGCACAGAAAUAUCAGAACCCCAAAAUAUACAUUACUGAGAAUGGAAUGGAUGAUGAAGAAGAUCCGAAAGCUCUUCUCCAUGAGAUGCUAGAUGAUAAAAAGAGAGUUAGGUACUACAAGGGGUACCUUGCUGCAGUAUCCCAAGCAAUCAAGGAUGGAGUAGAUGUGAGGGGGUACUUCGCAUGGUCUUUCUUGGACAACUUUGAAUGGGCUCAAGGCUACACCAAGCGUUUUGGUAUUGUUUACGUCGACUACAAUAAUGGACUCACCCGACACCCCAAAUCAUCUGCACUCUGGUUUUCUCGUUUUCUUAAAGGCGAUGAAGGGAAGACUAUUAAGGAAGACUGAUUCACAAUUUAAGAGUUGAUGCUAGAUCGCUCUUUCUUUCUAAGUUUUCAACUCUUUAUAAUAACAGGGAUUUACAGGGAGUCGCCUGGCUUUGACAGCCUGUGUGUUAGUGCUCUCUGAUUCUCAAUGUUGGUUACUUGACCAAACUGCAUAAGCUUCCUAGUCAUCUUCUGUUGUUUGAUGCCUUAAUAAAAUUGAAAACACAGUUAUCUCAA